CGGUAUGAUGUCCCAUUCAUCUCAUCACUCCGACGGCGACAACUGGCCUUGCCUCACUCAGUAUCCGCUCACCUAUCCACAACAGCAGACCUAUUGCUUUCCGACGUUCCCUCCUCUGUCUAAUGGCUACUUGGAUGUGCCUCUACAACCGCAGAUGGCGAGGAUAAAGGUCGACAUCCCUCAGCAGGCGAUGGGGGGUCCAGCGAGCGCACCCCCGGGACUAGCGGGGUAUGACGGCAUACAAGAUGGCGCUGUGUUGCAACAUCAUGCUCAGUUGCAGUAUCCCCAGCAACACGAACCGCAUCAGGCUCACGUUGUUCAUGAUCACGUGCACUAUGGACAUGAUUUGGAGCAGAUCACUCAUGCUCAGGAACAUAUUCACUCGACAUAUCAUCAACAGCAACACCAUCAACACGCUCUCAACGCUGCCCAUAUUGAACAGAGGCAUUCCCCUCAGCAGCAGCAGCAGCAAUCGUCCACUCAUCAUCAUCAUCAGCAACAACAGUCGCCCCAUUCCCAGCAUCCUCAGCAUUACCCCCAAUCUCUCCCACAGACAGAGAUGCACCACUACGUCCAACCCCCACAGCAGCAGACCAACUCCGUCCUUCGAGCGAUCGACGACCCCCAGACAUAUGCCCUCCAAAAUGGCCUCCCGCCUCUACCCCCUGUACCGGCUACACACGGUCCCGGUGCGAUCCUCUCUGGGGCCAACGACCAGGGGUUCCCCACCCACCUGCACUCCCACUCCCACCCUCAUCCCUUCCCGACAAACAGCGUCCCCCCCAUCCCCCAUACCACAAAACGCAACAAAGCUCAAGCGCCGCUAGGCAGCUCCGGGUGGACACCGGCAAAACUCUACCAGACGCCUAUCAGGCGGGUUGGGGGCCCGGUGGGGAGGGGCUGGAGGGCUCCUUCUGCUUCUGCUGCUGCUGGGGCUGCUGGGGCUGGGGAGGGUGAAGCGGGGACGAGGAGUGGAAGGUCCCCUAGGUCGCUGAGCGACUGUGGCGCAGAGGAGGAUCAAGCAGACCUCGAGCCUGCAGAGCCUGAGGAGCCUGAGCUGGAUGGGCAGGCGGAGGACAGUGCGGACCAGGUAGGACCAAGAGGAGGCAAGGGGAGGAAGAGGCGGUCUCCUGCGUCUGGAGGUCGACCUACGAAAAAGCGUCUAGCGUCGGAAGCGUACACCCGCGCGUUGGAAGGGAACCUCGAGCGGCUGAAGCGGCAGAUCCUCGGGUUUGGAAUGAGGCCCUGUGGGUUGGAGGGGGUCAACGAGUGCGGCGCCAUGACGCUUGAUAGUGCAAAGCUAGUUAUCCAAGCUCAGCAACUGGACUUGGACACGGUUCACAGGAAAUACGAGGAAUUGGUGCGCGAGAUCAACCAACUGCGCGCGACGAUGAACGCUUCCCACGCGCUCAUCCCCUCCCAGCCCACACUCAGCUCCCUCAACCUCAGCUCGGUGAACUCCCUCGGCGGGAUGAGUCGCUCCCAGGCGUUUGCUCCCUCCCUCCCAUUCACAAAAGAAGACAUGAGAAGGGGAAGUGUCGAGUCUGUCAUGUCUACCCUGUCUACUACUUCCAACAGCUCUGUCAACUCGAUCGGCUCUGUCAACUCUGUCAAUUCCGUCAACUCCAUCCACUCAACGGGUUCUAUCGGCUCCUGCGGCUCUGUCAGCUCCCUCUCCGCAGCGACAAGUGUCUCCCUCGACACUCCCCUGCUCUCUAGCGCUUCCGCCAGCAGCGCAAGCACCGUCCCUUCCCCUAGCGAGGCCCCUCUGGGACAGAUCGGUCUGCUCACUUCUGGAUGUCUGAUCCCCACCACUGGCACGGGAAGGGUGGGCACGGGGACGGUGUUUAACCAGCCGCCAUUGACGCAGUGUUCCUCCGGGACUUGGUGGGAGGGCCAGAUCCCUGUGGGCGCCGAUUGACUUCGCUCUCGCCUUGCCAGCCUGAGCUCGACACUGCCGUCGCUAAAAAGAUGUAGCAUAGAUCAUCCCAUCCCCAUCUCUCUACUCUAUCCCUCCCCUCCAUCGCGAAGAUCUU